AUGGGCAGUUUGUUUGGUAAAGAGGAGAAGCAGAAGAAACAACAGAAAUAAUAGUAGUCUUCCUACCCAACGAAAUCUUAAUUCCCAUCACAAAAGAAGGAAUUAAGUGAGGGAGAAAAGAUGAGAAUGAAAUUGCAACACAAUAGAGAUGAAUUGAGAAACAAGAGAAAGUAAAUUGACCUAUAAAUUGAGACCUACGAAAAGGAAAUAAGGACAUUAAUUUAAAGUAACAAAAGAGAUUAGGCUAAGUUUGUGUUAUAAAGAAAAUUGUUGUAUGAUAAGUUUCUUGAUAAUAUCAUGGAGAAAGAAUAGAUCAUAGAAAAAUCUAUCAUCUCUGUGGACUAAAUGCAGUCUGAUAAAGAAAUGGCAGAUAUUAUCAAUCAGACCAACCAAGUUAUGAAAGAUAUCUAAUCAUCCAUUGAUUAAGACAAGUUAAGAGAUGCUUUUGCAGAUAUGUAGGAAUAGAAAUAGAAAAAUGAUGAAAUGAACUAAAUGUAUUAAUAAUAUAAAGUUGGUGAUGAAGAUGAGAUUAAUGAAUUAUAUGGAAAAUAUGAAUAAUAAGUAUGCAAAACUACUUAACCAAAAUAAUAAUAAUUUGUUCCAUUACCUUAAUAAUAAUAAUAAUAAUAAUUUGUGCCAUUACCUUAAUAAUAGGAAUAAUAAUAAUAAUAAUAACAUUAAUAACAAUAAGAAUCAAACGAAUAUACAGAUAAAUUAGCUAUGUUAGAAUGA